AUGCUUCAAUUGUACGUAUUGAAAUUAUUGGAAUUACAAAGUCGUUACUUUGGGCGACAAUGGCGUAAAAAUAAUAUGUCAAUUAUGUCAGCUAUUUAUCAGAAAGUUAGACAUCGAUUAACAGAUGGUUGGGCCUAUGGGAAUGUUGUCUUCAAAUCAGCUCCCAUACUUAAACGUACAUUACGCGUCAGACAUGCAAUGCUUCAAUUGUACGUAUUGAAAUUAUUGGAAUUACAAAGUCGUUACUUUGGGCGACAAUGGCGUAAAAAUAAUAUGUCAAUUAUGUCAGCUAUUUAUCAGAAAGUUAGACAUCGAUUAACAGAUGGUUGGGCCUAUGGGAAUGUUGUCUUCAAAUCAGCUCCCAUACUUAAACGUACAUUACGCGUCAGACAUGCAAUGCUUCAAUUGUACGUAUUGAAAUUAUUGGAAUUACAAAGUCGUUACUUUGGGCGACAAUGGCGUAAAAAUAAUAUGUCAAUUAUGUCAGCUAUUUAUCAGAAAGUUAGACAUCGAUUAACAGAUGGUUGGGCCUAUGGGAAUGAAAUGAAAACUCAAAGAAUUAUAUCACGCAAAUCUAUGUUACAUUAUUAUAUUGAACAAAAUUUCCAACUACUAAACCAAAAGAUCAAUAUGAUACGACUAGAGAAAACUAAUAAUUCAUUUGUGAAGCUGAGACUGGUUGAUUUAAGUACUCCAUUUUUAACUAUUGUAUAA